UCCGCCGGAAAUGGAUCCGUCCCGUCCAGAUCCGGCCGGAUCCGACCGGGCCCCGCCAUCCUCGCCACUGGAGCACCGCCCCGCUCGACCAACAGCGUCGGCGCUGUCUGUCCCUGCCCGCGUCUGCACGAGGACGACGCUCAUCCCGCUGGCUUGCAGCACUCGGAUGGGCCGCCGCCCCAGCCGUCCCGGCAUCAAGCCAAGGCCCAGCCCAAGCCACAUCUUCUGCCGCUCCAUCACCGCCCACCUUGAGAUCAGCCCCGACGCCACCACCAUCUUCAGAUGCAAUCGCUUUCAUGUUUUACUAAGAUCUGUGCGGAAACAACAUGAGCCUUUGCUGCUUGGUCUGGGAUGGUGAAGUGUUGGUUGCAGUGGAAAUCGUUAAAGGGGGCACCGGUGUCUUCAGUUCUACGGUUACAGAAUAUAUGGUGUCAUGCCCAACGUUGCAAGGGAGCCUGUAGUGGGAGGCGACAAAGUAUUGGCUGUUGCCAUAGUAUCCAU